CACUUGCAGCCAGUUGGAGCAGAAGCCCCUGCACUGCGAGGAGCUGCAAUCUGCCCUGGGCAUUUCCUCACAAUGGGGCUGCGGCCGUGGGGAGUGUUGCUCCUGUUGCUGCCAGGCAUUGUGCUGGGCUCCAACCAGAAUGAGGAUCGGGACUCCAUCACUGUGGUCCUCCUGGUCCUCUUCCUACUGCUACUGCUCCUGGUGCUUUCCUUGGCCUGGCACAAGCUGAGCAAGGACUCGGAUGGCAAGUACCACCCCAAGCGCCUUUGUCAGCCCCGCCGGGCACUGGCAGCACUGAGGGUGCGCUGGCAGGCAUUGCGAGGGAGGUCUUCCUCCAUGCAAGGCUGGCAGGAGGAGUAUGAUGAUGAGGAGGAGGAGGAAGAGAAGGAGGAAGAGGAAGAGGAACAACAGAAGCUGUGUGACAUGGAGGAAGGCAGAGGAAGGCAGGAGCAGCACAGCCAGGAAGAGGAACAGGAUGAGAAGGAGGAGGAGGAGGAAGAGGACGAGGACAAGGAUGUGGACACCAUCCCAGCAUUUCCUGAGACCCCUGAAGGAUCACAGGAGGCCGUGUGUGCCACAGAGGGGGGUAACGCUGAAGCCCUGCUCAGCAACCUGCACUCCUUCUCUGGCACAGCCACCUGGGAGGACAGCCCUGGGGAGGGGGCCAAAAACCAACACGUCACCGCCCUCUAGGGGCAGCUGAGGAAAGGACAUGCAUGAACUCUGCCAGGGGAUCCAGGGGUGCUUCUCUGGAGCACUGGAAGUCCGUCCCCACCCCACAACGCUGCCGGCUCUACAGGGCUCUAACAGAUUGCACCCCUCCCUCACCACUCCUCUCUCCAGAGACUCCUUGCUCCCUGCAUCCCCCAAAAGUGUAGCUUGCUCUGCUCAUUUCAGUGCCAGGGAACCCUACCCCCUGCCCUGACUGGCACUGCCUGCAGUCUGUGCGGAGGAAAAUGGUGCAGCCUAGUGGGAUACUGGGGCGGGGGGAGAGGGCAAGGAUCUGCAUACACGGUGGGAUUGGCUGUACAGGCAAUGUGGCUCUGUUGUGGGCACUAAUAAAUGGGUGACACUGCCCACAGUAUGGCA